CGCUCGCUUAAUCAAUCAGUCGAGUUCAAAGGAUGCAACUUACGGAAGGAUUAGCUUGGGAACGACGGGAAAUUUGAUCUUGUUGCCAAACACGGUUCGUGUAAUUCGCACAUCAUGGACGAUAUAAGCACCUCCGACGGCGAAGGAUUGCCUCUACGAAUGUUCUCUGACGAGGCCCAUGAUGCCACCUUUCAUUUCCAGAUUUUGAAGCUGACAGACCAGCUCUAUAUCUGGGUUGGAUGCAAUGCAGCGCGACUAGGGCACCUCUUUGCUGCCUUCCCAACUCCUUUUGAUAGAACACCAAGUUUAACUGCUCUCAUUGGGGGAGGUCCUGAUAACACGGGAGCUAGUAUGGCUCGCAGACUUUCUAUGAAAACCGGUUGGAGCAUAAUUCUUGCAAUCAAUCUACCUUCCAAUAGUCCUACUCUGGAGGCGUAUGCUGAAAGAAGAUUGCUACAAGAGCUUAAAAGCUUAGGUUACGCAAAGUCUUCAGCUGGUGCGCAACAGAUUAAUGGCUCUGUUUAAGGACAAAUUUAUUCAGGUGAGGUGAACUACACUUUUGUAGAAGACUUUUCAAUGUUUUAGUGUACUCGUCUUCCCCUGUGGCGCCACAUUUUCAUGAGGAUAAGCUGCUGCCAUUGAAGUGAGUAAGACAGUUGUCAUUCCUACUUGUAACUGUAGAAUGAUGCACUUCUUUCAUGUAAUCCGCUUUAGCCAACAAACAUGAUUUGCAUCUUUACUUGAGACUGCAGUUAUAGGUCUCAAACCUUCCUAUAUUCUAAGGUUUUCCAGGUUCUUUUUGCCCAGAUUUCAACAGCCCCAUGUCCAGAAUACCCUGAUGCUAGAUCUCAGUCCAUCUCAAUUUUAGCACGCGGUGAGAACGAAGAGUUAUGUCAUGUUGUUACAGAACUAAAACUCUGAACACAAGGUUUCAAGUCAGGCCACUUGUGCAACUUCAAGUAUGUCCAUCUGCGGACACGGACUAUUCCUCUCUUUGCUAGCUGAAGGUUACAAAUUGCUCUGGUUAAGAAGGCCACUGGUGUAGACUAAGACUUUCACACCAUCUUGGUGCAUAGUAAGGUCUUUACAUUCGCGCUUCUCGCGAAUGUUGUCAUUCAAUAUGGAAAUUUUAUAUCAUCAUGACAAGAGUGCUGUUGCUUUUCAUAUUCUUUACCUCUGCCUCUUGGUAAAGGUUCCAACAGAUGCUUGUUAAUGAGAAGGGUCACAGAAGCCUUCAUUAUACGUACACCUCACAUUCU